GAAGAACUGAAGAAGAUUGAGAUGGAAAGACGCCUUUUGAAUAGGAACCAGGGAAGAGAAGAUGACAACAUUUGUACAGUUAGGAAAAGGUUUGAAGUGUAUAGGGAAUCCACUCUUCCAGUUGUUGAGUAUUACAAGUCAAAGGGCAAGCUUCGUGAGAUUGAUGCUGACAAGCCAGCGAAAGAAAUUUUUGAAGCAGUUAAGGUUGUAUUUACUGAAUCGGGAGGAAAUAUACAGAACCGGCGUGAUGGGUCGGAAAAAGUCAAUAUCCAAUGUAAUGCAUGGAAAAUGGCGUUUAAGAAAUCGUUAGUGGGAUAACCAUUAUGUACUCUGUACUACGUACUAGAAAUUAUGUUUGUAUGAGGAACAAAAGUUCUUUAUGAAAAUCGAAG